AUGCUGCAGCAGUUGGAUCCCAGGUCCGAAUCCAGUCCCAUCAAUAGCUACUACAAAGAGUUUGACUGCAGCGACAUAUUCUCUGGGUUCUCGAUCGAGACACACUCUGAGAAUGAAGACACCCUGCGCAGCAUGCCCGGCGUGGCCAAUGUCUGGCCGAUGAGGUCUGUUCCUCUGGCGCCUAUCGCCAAGAGGAGAUCAGUCUCCCCCGACACGGUGGGCACGAACUAUUCUAUGCAUCAGUGGACUGGCGUCGACAAGCUUCAUGCACAAGGUAUCCGCGGUCAGGGGGUCAAGGUCGCAGUCAUCGACACCGGUAUCGAUUACACGCAUGAAGCACUGGGGGGAUGCUUUGGCCCGGGGUGCAAGGUUGCCGGCGGCUACGACCUCGUGGGCACGAAAUGGAGCAACCAGGACGAGGACAAGUUCCCCAAACACCCCGACAACGACCCUAUGGACUUUUAUGGACAUGGAACCCAUGUCGCUGGUAUCAUCGCCGCCGACAACGACUGGCUGACUGGAGUGGCUCCAGAUGUUGAGCUGCUGAUCUACAAGGUCUUUGCAGACAAUGCAGUAGACACAAGCGAGGAAGUCUUGAUUCAGGCGUUUUGCGAUGCGUAUGGUGCCGGUGCCGAUGUUAUCACAGCCAGCAUUGGAAGCCCCAAUGGCUUCACCGACAAUCCAUGGGCCGUGGUGGCGUCUCGUCUUGUCGAGAAGGGUGUCGUCGUGACCAUCUCUGCCGGCAACGAAGGCUCCGAGGGUCCCUUUUACUCAAGCAGCGGGUCGAAUGGGGACGGUGUUCUGUCCAUCGCAGCGGUCAACGUCACGGGCAUGCCCAAUGCGACGUUUGCCGAUUCCAAGCCCGUCGCUGCGUACUUUACCUCAUGGGGUCCGACGAAUGAGCUUCAUCUCAAGCCCGAGAUUGGCGCCCCUGGUGUCAAUGUGGUCAGCACCGUACCGAACCAGCAGUACGAGGAGAUGAGCGGCACUUCCAUGGCGGCCCCCUACAUUGCUGGUGUUGCGGCAUUGUAUCUCGGUCAUCAUGGUGGGCGUUCCUACAACGGCCCUGGCAUCGCCAAGACUGUGGUUGAUCGUAUCGCUACCAGUGGGCGCAGUGUAGCCUGGAGUGCGGCUGACAUCCAACUGAACAAGACUGCGCCCCCUUUCCAAGUCGGGAGCGGUCUCGUUGAUGCCUGGAAGGUUCUUCACUACGCGACACAGGUCACCAGCAAACCCUUUGCACUCCUGGACACGGAGUCAUUCCAAGCCGACUGGUCGGCGACAAUCACGAACAACGGCAACCGAACGGUAACCUAUGACUUUGAGUUAGAGCCGCAAGAAGGAUUCGAAAUGCUCGAUACAUACUAUGGCAUCAAGUCGCUGUUCGAGAUACAGCCCAUGACGAUUGUGCCCAAUGUCACCCUCCCCAAGCCUGUCGUCCUGCGUCCAGGCCAGACCAAGGAUGUCGAGUUCUCAUUUGUGCUGCCAGACGUCGACGACGAUCUGCUUCCCAUGUACGGUGGCAAAGUGCACAUCAAUGGCGACAAUGGAGAGCGCGUCUCUAUCCCCUAUGGAGGUGCCGCGUACGACACAGAAAAGGAGUUUGACACCAUGUUCUCCACGGUGCCCUAUCUCUCCAGCGAUCCCGAAAGAGCCAGAUGGGCCUUUGACAUUGAGUCCGACCCUCUGGACUAUGCCGAGCUAGGCUCUCGCCUCCGGUACGCUUGCUUCCACCUCCGAUGGGACAUCUUCACCCGCUACUGGGACGAGGCCAACUGGGUGCUGCCCACGACGCCUGGCCUCGGCGGCUACAUUGGGUCGGCCACCAGCUUCCGCGACGCCGAACUGUACUGGUACUUUGACCCAAAUACCAUGGACAAGGACGACACUGUUGCCUUUCCCAUCACGCGGGCGCCCAGGGGCCAAGGAAGCUACUGGUGGUUCGGCAAGCUCGCGAACGGGAGCUACAUACAGCCGGGCAACUACACGAUGCGCUUUGCUGCACUUCGACCAUACGGCAACCCGAACAUAUCUGAUCACUGGGAUGUGCUGCGUACCCCUUUUGAGGUUCUCCCGCAUACCAACACGUCCACCAAUGCAACACGUUUGAUGAAGAGGACCUAUUAG